AGAGAGAGAGAGAGAAUAGGUGGCUACAUCAUUCCGGAUGGAUGGCUGCCUCCGGAUCAGCAGCGGAAGGAGGAGGAGGAGGAGAUGAGCUCGAGCCCAGAGGAAGGCGGCUCACUCGCCUCGGCUCCCCGCACAGAAGAGCCUCAUCCUCAGCUUGAGGUUGUGAGGACUUACCACUGGAAUUUUGGAACCAUGGAUAAAAGAUCAUCCUACUAGUGUGGUGACUUUGUAAAAAUCAAGUACUUUUUUGAAAAUGAUCUAAGCAUCCUGACCCCAUUCAACAGAAUAUCUGGAAUGAAAUAAAAAUGGCUAGCCUGUGCUGUGCAAUGAUAACGUGACCACAAAAUGCUUGUAAGCCAGCCAGUCCUUUUCUUUAGUCUAGGUUAGUGAACCAUCCGAGACUUGCUCCCACACAUGUACGCCAUUUGCCAUGAAUCUGGCCGUGAAGCUGCGGAGGAAUCUGAGGAGGCUGGUUAUCCUCCUCGCCACCUUCUGCAUGGUCAGUGUCAUAAUCUCUGCCUACUAUCUCUACACGGGGUCUGCCCAGGAACUGGAUCUGACAGACCAUGGUGUUGGCCCAGACUGUGCUGAACUGCGGGUGCUACCUUUCCGACCAGCAGAGCUGCGAAUUCCUAAACCCAUGGACCCAUCGCGGAAGGACCCUGUAGUGUUGGUGUUUGUGGAGAGCCAGUACUCCCAGCUGGGGCAGGAUAUUAUUGCCAUCCUAGAGUCUAACCAGUUUCGCUACCAAGCUGAGAUUGCACCAGGGAAAGGGGACAUCCCUCCACUGACCCAUAAGGGUCGUGGGCAAUAUGCACUGGUCAUCUAUGAGAAUGUACUCAAGUAUGUGGGUAUGGACGCCUGGAACCGUGACCUUCUAGACAAGUAUUGCGUUGAGUACAGUGUUGGACUUGUUGCCUUUCACCGUGCUAGUGAGAACUCUCAGCCUACCAUGACCCUCAAGGGCUUCCCCCUAACCUUACAAACCAAUAUACCCCUGUGUGACUGCUGUGUUAACCCGCGCUCACCACUGCUUUAUGUCACCCGAGCGGAAGUGGAUAGAGGGCCACUUCCAGGUGAUGACUGGACCGUAUUCCAGUCCAACCACUCCACAUAUGAACCAGUGCUACUCGCCAGAUCACGACUUAGUGCGGAUGAUGCCAAUGGAAGGAUGGUCACUGGGCUCCAGGCCACCGUGGUUCAGGACUUGGGGCUCUAUGAUGGAGUCCAGAGGGUUCUGUUUGGGCAAGGCCUUGGUUACUGGCUGCACCGACUCAUACUGGUGGAUGCAAUUGCAUACCUCACUGGCAAGAAACUGUCACGCUCAUUGGAACGGUACAUCCUGGUGGACAUUGAUGACAUCUUUGUAGGAAAGAAAGGGACAAGGAUGAAAGUGGACGAUGUGAAGGCUCUUCUUGAGACCCAGAACAUUCUGCGAACUCAAAUCUCAAACUUUACCUUCAAUUUGGGAUUCUCUGGAAAAUUUUUCCACACUGGUACUCAGGAGGAAAACGACGGUGAUGAUCUCCUGCUGAAGUACGUCAACGAGUUCUGGUGGUUUCCUCACAUGUGGAGUCACAUGCAGCCUCAUCUCUUUCACAACGAAUCAUCGCUGAUGGAGCAGAUGAUCCUCAACAAGGACUUUGCACUGGAACACGGUAUUCCUGUAGACAUGGGCUAUGCUGUAGCGCCUCAUCACUCUGGUGUGUAUCCCGUGCACAUGCAGCUGUAUGAAGCGUGGAAGAGGGCGUGGGGCAUCCGAGUGACCAGCACAGAGGAAUAUCCUCACCUGAAACCUGCACGAUACCGCAAGGGCUUCAUCCACAACCACAUCAUGGUGCUGCCACGUCAGACCUGUGGCUUAUUCACACACACCAUCUUCUACAAGGAAUAUCCUGGAGGCCCAAAAGAGCUAGACAAGAGCAUUAAAGGAGGAGAGCUUUUCUUGACUGUCCUACUGAACCCUAUCAGUAUCUUCAUGACUCAUCUGUCUAACUAUGGGAACGAUCGAUUGGGUCUGUACACUUUUGUGAACCUGGCCAACUUCCUGAAGUGCUGGACCAAUCUGAGACUGCACACACUCCCGCCUCUGCAGCUCGCACACCACUACUUUACCUUAUUCCCUGAGCAGAGAAACCCACUCUGGCAGAACCCAUGUGAUGACAAAAGACACAAGGAUAUCUGGUCUAAAGAGAAGACUUGUGACAGGCUCCCCAAAUUUAUGGUGGUUGGACCUCAGAAAACUGGCACCACGGCACUCUACCUCUUCCUCCUUAUGCAUCCGUCCAUCUCCAGCAGUUUCCCCAGCUCUAAAACCUUCGAAGAGGUGCAGUUCUUCAACACCAACAACUACCACAAAGGCAUCGACUGGUACAUGGAGUUUUUUCCGGUCCCAUCAAACAUCAGUACAGAUUUCCUGUUUGAGAAAAGCGCUAGUUACUUCCCGUCAGAGGAGACACCCAAACGAGCCGCCGCCCUGCUGCCCAAAGCCAAAAUCCUCACCCUGCUCAUCAAUCCAUCUGACAGAGCCUACAGCUGGUACCAGCAUCAGAGGGCCCACGAGGACCGGGCAGCGCUUCGUUACAGCUUCUACGAGGUGAUUUCAGCUAAUCAGCACGCUCCAUCAGACUUACGAUCCCUGCAGAACCGCUGCCUCGUUCCCGGUCUGUACGCCACACACCUGGAGAGAUGGCUCACCUACUACCCACCUGCCCAGCUGAUGAUAAUAGAUGGGCAGCAGCUGAGGAAUGAUCCAGCAGCUGUGAUGGAUGAGGUACAGAAGUUCCUGGGUGUCUCUCCGUACUUUAACUACUCGCAGGCACUCACAUUCGAUCCUCAGAAGGGUUUUUGGUGUCAGGUGUUGGAUGGAGGCAGAACUAAGUGUUUGGGCAAAAGCAAAGGUCGCAAAUAUCCUCCUAUGGAUGCUGAGAGCAGCACAAACUGGCUAUAACUGUGUGGCAGCGGGGGCGUGGUCAAGCAUCAGUCUGUGAAUGGAGGGCGGAGUUAGGGAAGGUAAGUGGCAGAAUCACUACACCUGAUGGAAAUUAACCUGUGUUUGUGUGUCUUCCCCAGUGACCGCGCCCUAUAAAGAGGAGAGGGAGAGCAGAGGAAGAGAGCUCUCCCCCAACCUGGACGCUUGUGUGCAGGCGUGUGUGUAUGUGAGGGAGUGAAUAUAAAAGCUGAAAAGCUAAAAUAAAAGAGUUUUUGAGAACUCAGUUCUGGCCUGCCGUGCUUCUGUGCUCCACCCACCUCGAACUCUUGCUACAAACUGCAACAGAAAGAGGAGUGGAAGGCCCUGAUGCACAGCUGUACAAGAGGAUAAAUUCAUUAGAGUGUGUAGUUUGAGAAACAGAUGCCUCACAGGUCCUCAACUGGCAGGUUCAUUAAAUGGGACCCACAAAAGACCAGUGUCAACAUCUACAGUGAAGAGGCGACUCUGGGAAGCUGGCCUUCUAGGGAGAGUUGGGAAGAAAAGCCCUAUCUGAGAAUGGCCAAUAGAAAGAAAAGAUUGAGAUGGGCAAAACAACACAGACACUCGACACAGGAAGAUUGGAAAAAAGUGUUAUGGACCGACCAAUCCAAGUUUGAGGUGUUCGGAUCACAAAGAACAUUAUUCAUGAGACGCAGACCAAAUGAAAAGAUGCUGCAGAAGUGCUUGACACCAUCUCUCAAGCAUGGGGGAGGCAAUGUGAUGGUCUGGGGCUGCUUUGGUGGUGGUAAAGUGGGAGAUUUGUACAGGCCCCUUCUUCAAGGGACCUUGAAGAAGGAAGGCUAUCGCUCCAUUUUGCAACACCAUGUUAUACCCUGUGGACAGUGCUUGAUAGGAAGCAAUUUUGUCCUACAACAGGACAAUGACCCAAAGCACACCUCCAAACUAUACAUCCAUCCAUCCAAUAUCCGUAACCACUUAUCCUGUACAGGGUCGCAGGCAAGCUGAAGCCUAUCCCCGCUGACUAUGGGCAAGAGGUGGGGUACACCCUGUACAAGUCGUCAGGUCAUUGCAGGGCAGACACAUAGAGACAAACAACAAUUCACACUCAGAUUCACACCUAACCACUGCACCACCAUGCCACCCCUCCAAACUAUGCAAGGACUAUUUAGAAAAGCAGCGGACAGCUGACAUUCUGUCUAUAAUGGAGUGGCCAGCACAGUCACCAGAUCUGAACCCUAUUGAGCUGUUAUGGAAGCAGCUUGACUGAAUAGUACGUAAGAAGUGCCCAUCAAGCCAAUCCAACUUGUGGGAGGUGCUCCAGAAGCAUGGGGUGAAAUCUCGUCAGAUUACCUCAACAAAUUGACAUCUAGAAUGCCCAAGG